AUAGAAAAGGGGAAUAGAAGAGUUUAUCAUUUUGUUCAUCGGAAAGAAAGAUAUGGAGGUCUACAAAUUAGAGAAGCGAGGUAAGCUCUUCAUUUUAACGUUGACCGGCGAAGACGAACACCGCUUAAACCCGACCCGAGUUGACGCGAUCCGGUCAGCACUUAGCCGAAUCCGCUCCGACUCAAACUCACUUUCCGGUUCUGUUCUCAUCACCACUGCUCACGGCAAGUUCUUCUCCAACGGCUAUGAUCUCGCCUGGGCAGGCUCUUCACCCGACAAGAUCCGUUUAUUGUCUUCCAACCUCCGAGAUCUCGUCGCCGACCUACUUUCCUUUCCCAUGCCUACCGUCGCCGCCAUCACUGGCCACGCUUGCGCGGCCGGAAUGAUCUUUGCUCUUUGCCAUGAUUAUACUGUUAUGAGGAAAGAUCGAGGGUUUUUGUAUAUGAGUGAAAUGGAUAUCGGGCUGAAGAUUUCGGCUUGGUUCAUGGCCGUCAUAAGAUGCAAAAUUGGUGACUCCAGAGUACGACGAGACGUGGUGCUGAAAGCGAGGAAAUUAACGGCGGAGCAAGCUGUAGAGAGUGGAAUUAUCGACGCUGCGUUCGAGACAGCGGAGACGACGACGGAAGGGGCGCUGGAAUUAGGGGAGAAAUUAGUUAAUAAGGGGUGGGACGGCCAAGUUUAUAGUGAAAACAGAAAGCAGCUUUAUACAGAGAUUUUAGAUAAGCUUGGAUUUGAUGAAACUACAGAUGAUGCUAAGAAUGUUGCAAUUGCAACAUCCAAAAUGUAACAACCGUGGUGUUACUUUUAUC